AUGUCUUCUCUUCCUUGGCUCUGUCGAACCUGCCGGUCCACCUCUACUCGAUCGCUGCAGCAGCUGAGAAGAUUUCCCAGCAGAAGAAACAUCACCUCCAACUCCAGCUUCUUCCAGGUUUCUGAAGAGGUCCGCCAGGCGCUGUCGGAGAAACGUCCCGUCGUGGCGCUCGAGACAACAAUCUACACGCACGGCUUCCCAUAUCCUCAAAACUUAGCUUUGGCAAACAACCUAGAGAGGCUGGUUCGUCRAAAUGGCGGAGUGCCCGCUACCAUUGGCGUCCUUAACGGCGUCGCUAGGGUAGGCUUCACUCCUCAGGACCUAGACCAGCUAGUCUCGCUUCCCAGCUCGCCUUCCCUCCUCAAAGUCUCGCGUAGAGACAUCGCAUUCUCUCUCGGGCUGAAAGACUCAAAUGGCAAACCCCUAAAUGGUGGAACGACAGUCUCUGGUACCAUGGUCCUCGCUCACCUGGCCGGCAUCAAAAUCUUCGCCACAGGAGGUUUGGGAGGCGUCCAUCGCGGAGCCGAAAACUCCAUGGACAUCUCCGCGGACCUCACCGAGCUGGGCCGGACGCCUGUUGCUGUUAUUUCAGCAGGCUGCAAAUCGUUCCUGGACAUUCCACGUACGCUCGAGUAUCUCGAGACACAGGGUGUUGCUGUUGCCACAUUCGCUGACGGGAGGACUGGAAAGAUUGACUUUCCCGCUUUCUACACUAGAGAUAGUGGAGUCAAGAGCCCAGUGAUUGUGCAGGAUGAGCUCGAGGCUGCCAAAGUUGUGUUUGCACAAAACGCGCUGGGACUGCAGUCAGGGAUUCACUUUGCCAACCCGAUCCCAGAGAAGUACUCGCUACCAUUCGAACAAAUGGAAAAGGCUAUUGCGCAGGCCAUCCAAGCUGCCGAGGCUGCAGGUGCGACUGGAAAUGCGAGCACCCCGUACAUUCUUGCCAAAAUCAAAGAACUCACGGGAAGCAAGAGUGUCGAGGCGAAUACGGCCCUCGUUGAGGCCAACAUCAUCAGAGGUACAAAGGUGGCCGUUGAAUUGAGCAGACUGGAGAGGGAGGGGGAGGCGAAACCUGAAAUAGAAGCAAGCAGUGUCAUCAUCGGACCCGCUGCCAGCAAUUAUACUGCACAGGGAGUUCCAAUAAGCUAUGCUGCCGGCGCCGGACUCAUGGACCCUCCGCAGCCAACAUCCAAUCCUGUGGAAACGUCGACUUCGCUGGCAGAAGUCUUCGUGGCUGGCAGCUUAGCGGUCGAUCWCUCUUGCGACUUUGCUCCUCUAUCUUCCUCCGCAUCCUCAAAGAGCCCUUCAUUACAGACCUCAAACCCUGCUCGAAUCACUCAGUCAUUAGGAGGCGUGGGCCACAACGUCGCACGCGCGGCUCACCUCAUGGGUGCACAAGUCCGCCUCUGCAGCGCGGUGGGUUCUGACCUGGCCGGCUCCGCAGCUCUUGAAGCUCUAGCCUCUACUGGCAUGAGCACAGGUGCCAUCGCUAUGUUCCCUGCAGAGAGCGGAAGUCGCACUGCACAGUACGUCGCGAUCAACGACACGGCCAAAGACUUGGUAGUGGCAAUGGCAGACAUGUCUAUUCUCGCCACCUCUCCCAGCCUACCAUCCACAUUUGAGAACACAUGGCUGCCUCAACUCCGGGCCGAGAAACCCAAACAUCUAGUCGUGGAUGGGAACUGGCCGUCGCAGUAUCUUGCACAAUGGCUCCAAGCCGGGAAAGAAAUCAAUGCGAAAAUUAUCUUCGAGCCAGUGAGCACAGCCAAAUCGACCACACUCUUCAAUUUACCUUCGCGAGCCAAGGAUGAACAUCAACUAGGUGCAUACCCUCACUCGAGCAUCCAUUACUCCACACCAAACUCCUUUGAACUAUCCGCCAUGCACACGGCAGCCCGUGAACGAGAUUUUUUCAAUCGAGCAGACUGGUGGAACGUCAUCGACGCGCUAGGAAUUCUCUCCACAGGCGCCCGCGUCCAAAUGGCAAUGGCGACAAGCAGCAAGCUUGUCGACGAAGGAAUCCCACAGAUGGCAGUACAACUACUCCCUUUCAUCCCCACYCUUUUGACAAAACUUGGUGGCGAUGGGGUAUUACUUACGCAGCUUCUACCGGCUGGAGAUGAGAGAUUACAGAGUGCUGAAGCGGCGCCGUYCAUUCUCUCUCGUUGUGGGAAUGAGACAGAAAGUAGUUUGGGGGUUGGGGGCGUGUAUAUGCGACUCUUCCCAGCUGCGGAGAAGGUCAAGGAUGAAGAGGUUGUUAGUGUCAAUGGAGUUGGAGAUACAUUUGCUGGAGCGCUUGUUGCUGGACUAUCAAAGGGACACCGGGUAGAGGACUUGAUCGGCGUGGCGCAACGAGCGGCCGUGCUUAGUUUGAAGAGUAGCGAAGCUGUGAGUGGGAAGUUGAGAGAUUUGAGAGGAGACAUGUAA